AUGAAGCUUGGCAGUGUCAACGACGACGAUGAUAAUAAUAAUAAGAAGAACAGCAAUGACAAGACCUCUCUUACCAUCGCAUCACCAUCACCCUCGCCGUCUUCCUCUUCCAACCACCACCGUGACGUUGACGUCGAAAAGGCCGCUCAUCAUGGCGGCGACGGUCAGGGUGAAAGAAAUCAAGGACCAACGAUGAUGAUGAUGACGACCACAGUUACGUCCACAACAACCUACAAAGUCUACAAGAGGCGGUUCUGGGGACUCGUGCAGCUGGCGUUGCUGAAUCUGGUGAUUAGCUGGGGAUGGCUCACCUUCGCUUCCAUCUCGACCUCAACCGCCGAGUAUUUCAGCGUCUCGGAGAGCGCGGUGAACUGGCUGAGCACGGCGACCCUCUUUGCCUUUUGCGUUGCGACUCCGAUCGUCAUGUACACCCUCAACAAAGGCGGACCCAAGCAUGCCAUCGUCGCAGCAUCCGUCCUGACCCUCGUGGGCAAUUGGAUACGAUAUGCCGGCGCCCGCGCAGACGGCGGCAUCUUCGGCCUCGUCGCCUUCGGGCAGAUCCUCAUCGGCCUGGCGCAACCGUUCUGUCUGACGGCGCCGACGCGAUACAGCGAUCUCUGGUUCUCAGACCGUGGCCGGACCAGCGCAACGGCUCUGACGACGUUGGCGAACCCGCUGGGAGCGGCCUUGGGUGAAUUGGUGGACUCGCUGGUGGUGCUCCAGCCCAGCGAUGUCCCGAAUAUGGUCUUGUAUAUCGCCAUCAUUUCCAGCGUCGCCUGUAUCCCGUCCUUCUUCAUCCCCGCGCGUCCGCCCACCCCUCCAAGCGCAUCAUCCGAAGUCCAAAAGACCCCUUUCAUCGAGUCCGUCCGGCAGAUCGUCCGCGUCGUCGAGUUCUGGCUGAUCUUCAUCCCUUUCUCCAUCUACGUCGGCUUCUUCAACAGCGUAUCCGCCCUGCUGAACCAGAUCCUCUAUCCGUACGGCUUCUCCGAAACCCAAGCCGGCAUCGCCGGUGGGCUUCUGAUCCUCGUCGGUCUCGCGUCGUCCGCCAUCGUCUCCCCGCUCACCGACCGCUUCAAGCACUACCUGGCAGUGGUGCGGAUCUGCGUCCCCGUCCUGGCCGUGCUCUAUAUCGCGCUCAUCUUCGCGCCGCCGAGUGUCGCCGGAAUCGCACCGACUUUCGUUGUGUGUGCCCUUCUCGGCGCCUCUUCCUUCAGCCUGCUCCCCGUUGCCUUGGAGCUGCUCGUCGAAAUCACGUACCCGUUCUCGCCCGAGAUCGGGAGCACGCUCUGCUGGUCAGGCGGGCAGGUCUUGGGCGCAAUCUUCACAAUCAUCCAGACCGCGCUCACGGCCGGACCCGACGCCAGCCCACCGGAGAACAUGCAGAACGCUCUGAUCUUUUCGGCGGUUGUUGCGGCGGUUGCGGUCCCCUUCCCGUUGUCGUUGGGUCUGUUUGGUCGGGAGGUGGUCCAUCGCCGGCUCGAGGCCGAAACAGACAUCGUUGAUCGCAGGACGACAGAGGUCUGA